AAGUUGUUUCUGGUGCCAGCCAGCAGGGUAUGUGAAUACCGUGUCUUGCUCCCCUUCCCUGCAUUUUGAUGUGAGCUGGAUUUGUCAGUGUGUCAUUCUACUCAAGACUGUUGAUGAGAAUCAUUAAAUUCUGUGGAUCUAAGUGUUAAUUUUACAACAGAAUCUAAAAAUGUCUUCAGUGUGCGGCUGGUUCGGUUUUCUUUGCAUGAGGGAAACACAAAAAAAGAAGACUGUCCAGCAUCGCAUACACCCAAAUCGACAGGCAUAUGAUGCUAUUGUUGUUUGGAAGGGUAAAGAAAAUCAAAAAGCGAAACAAGGAGGGAUCAGUUUCGAUGUGAUCCUGAAACCAGCCACUGUAGAAAGUCCACGCCCACCAAUCCAACUGUCACCACGUGAGGUCAAGAAAAGGGAAUUAUCUCAAGAGCAGAUUGAAAACAAGUUAAAGAAAGCAGAAGAACGCAGAAGUUUGAUUGAGCAAGAACGAAUGGAGCAGCUUGCAAAGGAGAGACAAAAGGCUAUUGAAGUAGUUACCAAGGCACAGAGUGAAAGUGAACAAUUUUCACAAAAGACCAAGGAAAAGCUAAGGCGCUCCAUGGAAGUCAGAAGAGAAAACAGAGAAACUCAAAUAAGGGCUCUACAGGAGAGACUCAGAGAACAUUCCCAAAAAGUGCAAGAGAUUCAGAAGGCAGGAGAAGAGAUGGUAAAAGAAUUUGAAGCUAAAACAGAGAUGAAACUCUCCCAGAAAAUGGAAACAUACGAAGAAAACAGACAGAAUCAGUUGAAGAGUAUGCUUUCUAAGUUACAAGAACAUGCAAAUCAUAUUAAUGAAGUUUGCCAAGCAAGUGAAAGUCGUGGACCAUCAACAGAUGAUUUACAGGAACAGCUUGUACUAAAGAUGGAAAAUGCACUUAAAAACAGGGAAGAGCAGCUCAGAGGUUUACAGGAAAGAUUGGCUGAACAUGAAAAUCGUAUUAAAGAGGUGCAGAGGAAAAAGUUGAUCUCAGAGUCUGGGGAUGCUGAGAAUGAAAAGUAAAAGGACUGGCAAGAUAUGGAAGGAGUAAAAUUUCUAAGAAAUGAAUGAAUGACAAGCUUUUGGAAUUUUCAGCAUUUACAGCUUCACGUUUUAACUUGCCAUUCUAAGAAUUAAAACUUUCUCAACUGUAGUAGCAAAAAUGGAUCAUUUCUCUUAUUAAAAUGUUUAGACGUGUACACCUAUUUUAAAUAACUGAAUUUAGAUACACAUAUUUGAAUAGUAUAAAUCAGCAUUGUCAUUCAACCGGUAGUUUUAAAUAUUUAAAGAAAUAAAAAUGGAAAAAACUAUUCAUAUUGAUAUGUAGCAAAACUUAUAGCUAAUAUAGCAUGACCAGCAAGUACAUUUUAUUUAGGAUUAUGUUAAUUGUUCAGUUUCAAUAGAAUCUAGUAGAAAACUGCCUAUUGUAGAAUUCCUUUCACUGAAUGAAUGUGUUUAUGAAAUGUACGUAACUAAGCUUAUCUUUUUUUUGUUAACAUGCUUUGCAAGCUUCUGCUUUUUCUCUAGCUCAGUAUCCAUUGUUUAUUUGAAAAUCUUUAUUUCAGUUUUAAUUGCAGCCUCUAAAAGUUAGUGUUGAGUGAGUGAGGGCAGUUUUUCUUCCUUACACAAAAUGUUUGUGUAGCGAAGCAAUAAUUUUGUGUGAUUUAGCACUUAUGUUUUGCUUGUGAUUUCCAGAUGAUAGCUUUGCACAUAGGCUCGCAUAAGUAUUUUAAGAUCCACUUGUAUAUUUCCUGCAUGAAGUUGAAAGGUUUUUAAUACUUUGAUGCAAGUCCUCGUGGUGUUUUUUCUUCCCAUUGCCUUACUGCCGUGUUAUUUACAUAAGAAUGACAUUGCUAAUUUUUAAAGCUAUGUUGCUGAAGUGUAUUUUGGUACUUGUUUUUUCUUUCUGUGAGCUUACAAGAGUUGAGUAGUGUGUCAUGUGUAGUUAGAUUUUAGUUUCUCUACUGCUGUCAAUAUAUUUUUACCAGUGGAUAGAAGAGGUGCAGUUUUCGGAUUUGUAGUCUAAGAGAAAGAUGAUUCUGCUUUCAAUGAAUACAAUGUAGAUUUGUUUCUUCCUCCAUUCACUUUGCUGGUUUUUUUUUUAAGUUGAUGUUCCUUGCUAUGCAUACUCAAUCUAUUUCUAAGUUGCUUCUGUAUUUAAGCAGUUGUUAUAUGAGCCACAUGGCCAAUUUUCUUGUGUUCCAAAUCAAAACUAUUUUUGUUGAUGCUAGUUUAUCCACUGCCAUUUUUAAUGCAUAAGUCAUUUUGUGUUCAUUUUUUUUUUCAAUACCACUUUUUAGUAUUAUUAUUGCCAGGGCACAAUUUUAUAAGUUUACAUUUCUUUUCAUACGAUCAAAAUGCAUGUUAUGUUGUGCCCUGUUAUUAUUGAUGUAUUCAAUGUUCUUAUAUCUGAGCCAUCAUUGGUAUGUUAGUACUUAAUCAAUUUCAUUGGGUAUUAUAUUAUUAUAAUAAUCAUUGAUUAUAUCAACUUAGUGUGCUGAUUGUAUUUGUAUUUAAGCGCUUUUUGCAUUUAAAAGUUUUUGACAAUUUUUAUGUUUUGAGAAAUGAAAACUUUUGCCCUUGGUGGAAAACUUAAUAUUCAAAGGAUUUUAAAUCCUGUUACGAUAUAAUCCAUUUUUUUUUAUAAUGUAUUUUUUUUUUAAUUACUCAUGACUUGACAUGUUAUGCAUUUGCUUUAACUGGAACCACACCAUUGCACGCUUGGAACAAAUUGUUUUGGUUUUAAAAGCUCACUCAAUUACUGGAAAAAUAAAUCCCAUCCUUGUGUACAGAUUCUCAAGUUUUGACUUGAAACCAGACCUGUCUUGCAUGAGCCAGAUAAACAUUUUUUUCUGAAUGUGAUACAUUUUUCUCCCAGUUUUUAUAGGUUCAGUUGCUCUCAGAUUUUUAACAGUUCACAGUCAAAAUAUAAGUUGAAAAAUAUUUUCUAUGUAGAUGUUUUGGAGUUGUACAAUAAUUUUUAAAAUGUAAGGAAUGCUAGCCAUCAUCCAAUAUUCAAUUGUCUAUCAGAUUCGAUCAUUAUGUAUUUUUUCAGAUUGGCAUGCAAUUUUCAGUUCCUAAUAAAGUUUCCAGCAAA